AUCAUGCUCCUAUUUAUAAAACUCAGUGCCUCUGUGAAAGGUGUAUGGCCAGUGUAAAAUAAUAAUUGAGUUAAACAGGAAUUCAGAUGAUUGGCAUUUGCUCAGUUAUGACUGCAGUUUUCAACCAGUUUCUAGUUCGGUUAUUGCAGGUGUUUGUCCUGACUGUCCAAUACCUUUAGAUCCUUCUAAAGACAUUUAUCAGCAAAAAGCAUUGGAGACACUGGCCAAAUUCAAUGCUGAAAACAAGGACAACAAUUAUUUUGCCAUUCUCAAUGUCACCAAAGCCAAUUCACAGUCCUAUCGGGUGAACCAGUAGGUCCGACGAUCAGCUGAGAGUGAACCGGUUUGCUCCACACUCAUGUGAGCCCGCCUGCCCACCCCUGCGCUAUACUGAUGUAUAUUUCAUUGUUUGAAGCCCAACUGAUAGGAAUGGAAGAUAAGAUUGCCACACCUCAGCUGUUUUACUCACCAGGGCUGCAGAAGAAGAUCAUUUAUACGUUGGCUGCUUCGACAGCUCCUUCAUUUGUUUACCCAUCAUGCAAUUUUUUGGUGGUAAAGGCUGCUGCGGAAGUGGCCCUAGACCAAGUCAAUUCAAAUCGGAAAGAAGGCUACGUUUUUGGCCUCCAGCGUAUUUUUGAUGUCCGCGACCUACCCCAGAAAAAUGGUGAUUCGCUUUUCUACCUCACCUUGGACGUGGUAGAAACUGACUGCCACAUCCUGAGUGGGAAAAAGUGGAAAGAAUGCAAGUUUCCAACUGACCAUGGAGCAGUCCAUGGCCAAUGCAAAGUAGUACUUCAGUACAACGGGAAGUCAAAGAAUUCGUUCAUGUACAGAUAUAGCUGCAGUCUACGCACUGUUUCUAGUUCUGCUAUUUCAAGACUUUGCCCUGAUUGUCCACGACGUGGAAACCCUUCUGAAGAAAGUUAUCAGGAGACAGCAAAACGGACCCUGGCGAAAUUCAAUGCUGAAAUUAACCACACUCAUUAUUUUGGCCUUGUCAAAGUCACCAAAGCAAUGGCAUGGUGGGUUUCUGGUGCUUCCGAAGAGGUAGAAUACACCAUCCAGGAGACUUCCUGUCGGAAAAAUUCACGUGUGCCUGACAUCACUAAAUGCCCUUUCCUCCCAAUUGAAAAUGCAGAGAGAGGCCUGUGCAAAGGCUCUGUGAUAAACAAAGGGAUGGCAUUACAGGAAAAAGUCUAUGUAAAAUGCAAUUUCUUCCCACGUCCGAAACGCCAGUCUCCGUACUCAGUCAUGCAAUUCGUGCAAACCAUUCCUCCCUUCCCCAAAGAGUUUUCAGGAUCAUCUAAAUGCCCAGGAGACGUUUUAGCAGAUGUCAACGGCCUUCAACUACCCUCCCCACCAAAGGCUUAAAACCUCUUGAACAAAGAGUGAUAUAUAACAUUGAAAGCUUAAUUCAGAGGAAACCUCCCCCUCCUUCCCUCUCUCCAUCCCCCCUCUUUCU